GGUUAGAAAAAGUGCAGCAUGCGCUGAGAGUGAUAAACAUUGCGUGUUAUUUAGAAUAAAUUGAUUCUUUAAAUGCUCUAAAAGAGGUUUUUAUUGUAAAAAAAAAGUUAAAACAUUAAUACGAUGGCUUUAAAAAUUCAACAUACUAGAUAUGCUCAUUCAGAUGGUCAUACAGACGUUUGUUAUUUUACGGGGGAAAAAGGUGGAUUUAUAACAUGUGGAGCGGACGGUGACGCAAGAUUUUGGGUUGAUUUGAUGGAUGAUGACCCAUCUGCAGUUUGUGUUGCUGAGCAAGCAAUUGCGUGUAUCGCUAAAAAUAAUAACAUUUAUGUGGGUAAUGAUAAUAAUACAAUUCAAAUACUUACAUAUCCUAAUUUAGAUCGUGAAGGAAUCGUUGCAAGGUUUGAUUCUGCUGUAUCAGCUUUAGAUACUAGGAGAAACAGUAAUUUAAUUGUUUCUGGAUCAUGCAACUGGAGAAUCAAAGUGAAUAACAUCGAAACACAUGAUUGCACUGAUCUUGAAGGUCACGAAGCUCCUAUCCUAGGAUUAUCGUUAGAUCCAAAGGAAGAAUUUGUUGCUUCUUCUAGUGCUGAUGGAAGUAUAAAAGUAUGGAAUAUCAAAGAAAAAAAAUCAAUUCAUACGUGGAAUAAUAUUGUUCCUAAAUGUAAUUCUUUUUUCACGGCCAAAGCUCUUUGUACACCUUCGUUUAAUUGUAAAGAUGGAAGUACCUUAGCAUAUCCUCAUGGUAAAGAUGUAAUAAUUAUUCAAAGAGAAACAUGGAAAGAAAUUAACAAAUUAAAGUGCCCUAACUUAAAAGCAGAAUUAAAUAUAUGUAAAUAUUCUGAAUGUGGAUCUAGAUUAGCUGCUUGUUCAGUUAUUGGUGAAAUCGUCGUUUGGGAUACGCAGAUUCAACAAGUGAUAGGUUACACAGAGCAUCCACAAAAUGUCAAAGUUACUGCUAUAGCUUGGAAUCUAAAAAAACCUGUAGAGAUAGCAUUUUGUGACAGUUUAGGUCAAUUAGGUUGUGUCACUGUUAGCAACGAUGUAUCUACCGAAAGUACUGAAGCAGAACCAAUUGAAAAUGGUCAUGCUAUUGAUGAUAAUUUAUUUCCUGAAGAUGAUGACGAUGACGACGGAGAAAAUGUAAUUUCAUUAAAUAAAAUAAAAACGUCUGUCAACUUUGAUGAUGAUCAGAAAAGUGUUACUAGUGAUACAACAGAAAAUAUAAAAGAAUCAAAGCAAGUUUUACCAGAAAUAUAUCUUCAAGAACCUUUUCAACCAGGAUCAACACCAGCUCAUUUACUUUCACGCUUCAUGAUGUUCAAUGAUGUUGGAAUGGUUAAAUGUUAUCAGAAUGAAGAAGGCGGUGAAGCGAGUAUUGAAGUAGAGUUUCACGAUACAUCUGUUCAUAAUAGUAUGCACAUAGUGAAUUACCUUAACCACACCUUAGCCGCAUUAUCUACUGAAGCGUUGGCCUUGAGUUGUCAGUCGAAUGAUGGGAAUACAAGUAAACUAGUUGUAAUAGCUCUUCAAGGAUGGGGUCCUGGUAAUAAAGAAUGGACAAUUGAUUUUCCAGAAGGUGAAGAAUCUGAAUGUAUUGCUGCUGGAGAUAACUUUGUAGCUUUAGCAACAUCUCGUAGAAAUUUGCGACUAUUUAUGGUUUCUGGUAUUCAAAGAGAAAUCAUAGCGAUUCCAGGUUCAGUUGUAGCAAUGAAUGCGUUGAAAAACUGUCUGAUUGUGGCUUACCAUACUGGUGUGGGUGCCUCCAAAGAUCAACAGAUGAAUCUGAUGUGGAUACAAAUACGUGGAAUUAACUUGAAAAGUCGGACACUUAGUGUGCCACUUUCUCCAGCUGCCAAGUUAAUGUGGCUUGGAUUAUCUGAUCUUGGCUCACCAGUGGUCAUGGAUUCAGAAGGAGUCAUCAAAAUAUUUAAUCGGCAGUCUAAUCUAUGGCGAGUUGCAGCUGAUACAGAUAAAUAUUCAAAGGGGAAAUUAGAUAAUUAUUUUAUUAUCACAGUUAGUGAAACAGAAAGGUGCAUUCGCUGUAUUUUAUGUAAAGGAAGUUAUUAUCCUCCCACUACUCCACGUCCGAUAAUGACUGAAAUACCUCUUACGCUACCUCUCUGUGAAUUAGAAUCUGAAAAGACUAAGACUGAAGCUCCGUUGUGGCAAAUAGGUAGUAAUCCUAGCGAAGAAUCCAGGGCUUUAUUGGCACUUAUCGCUUUCGCUCAUCAAACAAAUACAGAAUUUCGUGCUGUUGACUUAUGUCAGCAUAUCGCUCCAUUGAAUAUUAUUGAAUUAGCGAUACGAUACGCAUCACAAAAAGGCAAUACAGCAUUAGUGAAAAAACUUCAAAAUAUUGCAGAAGAAAAAAAUAGAAAAAAUGAUGAACCAGCAGAAGAGGAAGAUGAUAUUUUUGCUGGUAUGGAUGAUAGUGAAUUAAAAGCGACACAAGAUAGUGAUGUCACGUUAACACCACUCACUAGACAAACACCUGCAUCAAUUGAAAUUAGACCAUUGACUUCAAGUAUAAUAAAGCGUAAUCCAUUUCUAAAGAAGGCAACCUCAUCGGCUAAUAAAGGGUUAGAAGGGCUUAACUCUUUACCAGAGAAGCCACAAAAAAUCAAAACCCCCACAGUAACUCCAGUAUCAUCGAAGCAAAAUCUAACAGGAUCUAGUCAAAGAAAAGGCGAUAAUUUUGUUCAAUGGUAUUUAAAAAAUAAAGCAGAUCUUCAGAAGGAAUUUCCUGAUCUCAAGAGCGUUGAACUCGGUAAAAUAGCUAAAAAAAGAUUCGAGGAAGAGUCAAGUGGUUUUAAUCAUUCAGAUACAAAAAAAAGAAAACUUUCUGAUUCUGAAUCAUCCUUGGACCCAAUUCAAGAUGCUAUGGGAGUCAUGGGUCCUUGGCAGAUAAUCAUUACACUUGCACUUUCUCUCAUCAAUUUUCCUGCUGCAUGGCAUCAGCUUUCAAUAUCUGUAUUAGCACCAAAAGUCAAUUACACAUGCAUAUCUCCAUCGCCAAGUGAUCCAAAAACUGAUGUGGUAAACGUUUGUGAAGUCAUAGUCAACAAUACAGAACAAAAAUGUACAUCUUUUGACUAUGAUACGAGUGUUUUUAAUUCUACUAUCAUCAGCGAGUGGAAUUUGGUUUGUGAUAGAAAACAAUUGGCCAACUUAGUACAAUUAUUGACACAAUUAGGAAUUUUAAUUGGUAACAUGUCAUUCGGAAUAAUAGCAGAUAAAAUUGGCCGGAAAAUUCCUUUGAUGAUCGCUGUAAUAGUUCAAUCAUUGAUUGGAAUGCUGAGUGCAUUUAUGCCAAUGUAUGAAUUAUUUGUGGUGUUUAAAUUCAUUUCCGCAAUAGCAACUGGUGGAACGAUGCUUAUCAGCUUCGUAAUAUUUAUGGAGAUUGUUGGCAUUGAAUGGCGCUCAAAAAUCUCAGUUUUAUUUCAUAUUCCAUUUAUUCUUGGUUUUUUGAGUGUGUCAGGAAUUUCUUGGCUAACCGGAACCUGGGAUGGAUACUUAUUAGCAGUAUCAGUCCCUCCAUUUAUUUUAAUAUCAUACUAUUGGUUGAUUCCAGAAUCUCCCCGAUGGCUUUUAGCCGUAGGAAAAGUGAAGAAAGCUAGAAAAAUAUUAGAGAUAGCUGCGAAAAAAAAUAAAAUUCCUCAAGAAAAAGUAAAUGCUGCUAUUGAAGCGCAUGAAAAUGAAGCAGGAAAAGAAACUGAUGACACUCCGCAAAAAACAUACAAUAUUCUAGAUUUAUUACGAACUCCAAAUAUGAGAAUCAAAACCAUUUGUAUCACUUUCAACUGGUUAGUUUGUGGUAUUUGUUUCUUUGGCUUGAAUCAAUACCUCUCACAAUUUGGAGCCAAUGUUUUAAUUAACAUUGCACUUUCUGCUACUUUCCAAUUACCAGGAAUUAUCCUUGUUUAUUUUCUAAUAUCUCGAAUGUCUCGAUUGAAAAUUUUAAUUGGAGCAAAUCUGAUAUCAGGAAUCAGUUUAUUACUGAUAAUACCUCUACUAAAUAAUGAGACUGCGAAAACGAGCUUCGCAAUUCUUGGUGUUACUGGCAUGACUGUUAGUUUUCCAACAAUUUACUUAUACACUGGAGAACUGUUUCCGACUGUCGUCAGGAAUAUUGGAUUUGGAGUUUGCAGUGUUUCCGCUCGAGUUGGUAGCAUGAUUGCACCAUUCAUCGCUACAAUAGGUGAAUCUUGGAUAGCACCAUUGCUCUUUGGUGUGGGACCAAUAAUUGGAGCUGGACUCUGUUAUUUCUUACCAGAGACGAUGGAUUGUAAAUUACCAGAAACUAUUGAAGAUGGAGAAAACUUUAAAAGGAAAAGUAUUAGAACCCCACCAGAAUUGGUAAGUUAAAUUUAAAAUCAAUUUUAGGCACUGGAAUGCAACAACAUUGCAAAAUACAUCUUUACAAAUUUUAUGGGAACAAUCAUCUGAUUUCCUAAUUUUAUUUUAAAAUAUUUACAAUCAACUUACAUCAAUUUUCUACCUCAGUACGAUGAUUCAACAGUUUUUAAGAUAAAAUAUAGUUUUUAGUAUUUUUAUUUACUCAAGUAUUUUAUUGCGUAAUUUAUCCUAAAUAAAUUGUUUAUUAUUAAUUGUACGAUGAGGAAACAGAUAAAAAUAUUUUCAGAACAAUUAUUACUAGCAUUCGAAAUUAGCCUUAUCAUUUUACGAGCUGAAAAGGUUUAGAAGAUAAGUAAUAAUUGGAAUGUUAUGAAUUAAUAAUGAUAUUAAUUAAAAUAUGACAUAAUAGUAGUUUAAUGAAGUAAAUAGACUUUCUGAAGAUGACUUACAACA